AUGGAAGUCUUUCGCCUCGGAGCACAUGCUCUUUUGAAGCGAAAUGCUGCACACCAGUUGAAGAUCAAUAAUGGUGCUUCGUGCGCUCUCAGAAGAGAUAUGUGCGGUCUUGUUGCUGCAAUUGAUGAUGUCUGGGGCAAGACUUCCAGCGCUCGCAACAAUAUUUCCAUCUUGGGAAAGGAAACCAUGAACACCGCCUCCAAGAUUCUUCACCACCGUGGUCCAGAUGGUAUGCAAAUUAGCGCUGGUACUGUUGGUGAGGGAGAGACCCUGGCCCGUUGGUCCAUGGGACACACUCGUCUUGCCAUAGUUGAUCCGUCGAACAGAUCUGCCGACAUGCCUUUCAACUUGGGUUUCAAAACCAAGAACGGAGACAAAAUCAUUCACCUUGCUGCCAAUGGAGAAAUUUACAACCAUAAUAUUGUAUACAAGGAUCUUGUCGCCAAGGAAGGUUGGAACCAUGAUCGUAUCUCUGGGUCCGACUGCGAGGUUAUUGCUCACGCUUUUGCCCAAUGGGGUGGGCCCAAGACAGCUGCUAGCCUUGAUGGUAUGUUUGCAUUUGUUGUUUUUGAAGAGGAUGUCGUAACAGGUGAAGUCAAGGCAUUUGCUGCAAGAGACCCAGUCGGAAUCAAGCCUUUGUACUACGGAAGAACCAAGUGCUCAAAAAGUAGUGACGAUGCUGCCGCAUACGUUUUCUCAAGUGAGCUCAAGGCGCUUGUUGGGCACGUCGAUCCCAGCACUGUUGUUGCCAUUCCUCCAGGACACUACUGGACUCCAGAGAAAGGCUUAGUCUGUUACUACAAUCCUGAGUGGCUUCGAAACGACGACUAUGCACCAUGGGAAGAUCCCAACCAUACUGUCACCGACGAUGAAAUCCGAGAAGGUUUCUCCAAGGCUGUCCAAAAGCGCAUGAUGUCUGACGUUGACUAUGGCUUCUUCUUAUCUGGUGGCGUCGACUCGUGCAUCGUGUCUCAUGACCUCUUGCCUUUAUGGCGAGAAGAAAGGGCGAAGCUCGGUGACGAUCGCCCAAUCCCAGCGUACACUGUGGGAAUGGAAAAUAGCCCAGAUGUAAUGGCUGCACGUGGCAUGGUCGAUGCCCUUGGUGGUGAAAAGCAUGUUGAGCACCACAUCCGAUCGUUUACACCCGAUGAAGUAUUCGAUCUUGUUCCCAAGAUCAUCUACCAUAUGGAAACCUACGAAGCUGAGUUGAUCCGAAGUGCUAUCCCCAACUGGUUGCUCGCCGAAAGAGCCGCGCAAGAUGUCAAGAUGGUAUUGACCGGUGAAGGAGCUGAUGAGAUCUUUGCCGGAUACCUCUACUUCCAAGAUGCUGAGAAUCCACGACAACUCCAAAACGAGCUUCGCAGAAUCUACGGAAUGCUCGGAAAUGUGAACCUGCACCGAACCGACCGAAUGACAAUGGCUCAUGGCUUGGAAGCUCGAGUGCCAUUUCUUGACACUGAGUUUACUCGACUUGUCAUGAGCGUCGACCCCGCCAAGAAAAUUGUUGACCAAGAGGCUGUCAAGACAAACUCCCGAGGCCGUGAAAAGACAUUUUUGCGUGAGUUGUUCGAGGGCCCCAACAGCGAUGGCAAUUCCAUCCCUCGACCAGUCUUGUGGAGAGCAAAGGCUAUGCAGUGCGAAGGUGUUGGUGAAGAUUGGGUUGCAAUCUUGCAACGACGUGUUUCUUCCCUAGUCUCUGAUGCAGAAAUGGGCGAAGCCCACAUUACAUACCCCAUCAACACUCCGCAAACAAAGGAAGAGUUGUACUACCGCAGAAUCUACGACGAAAACUUCCAUGGAAUGGAACAUGUUGUCAAGCUCUGGGAAGGUGGAGGCAGAGCCAUGGGUGCAGCAUGGAAGAGUGACAUGUACACAAGAGAAGGACUAAGAAAUGUUGGAAUGUUGCGCCAUUCGCUUCAACAAGCCCGGACAUUCUCGUCUACAACAGAGAGGAAGUUUUGUACUUCGACAAGCCGGCCAUUUUCCAGCUUGGCUGUGCAGAAGUUUGAUGAAGAAGCUCAUGGUACUGCUAUAGAAUCUGGCUACAGUGAUUUCGAAGCCAGUCUUACUCUUGGAGGAGACGAUAGAUCCAUAAUCAAUCCAUCUGUUCGCACCAACAAAUAUCACAUCAAACCUCAGCCGGUCAACCCUGCUCAUGUCUUCCGUGGAAGCUGCACUGGAAAUCCGCCAACUCAACGUGGAUAUGACGCUUCAAAAGAACUGUAUGGAAAGUUGGUUGGCUUUGAAGGCAAGGAUCUUGACGUGGAAAUCAGAAAAGUUUUCGCGGAUCAACGAAGCCGCAUUUCGAAGCUCCUCAACUUGCCUGAAGGUACCGAGGUAAUUCUCUGUCCCUCUGGAUCAGAUGCAGAAUAUCUUCCCAUCGCAAUUGUUCGAACACUAAAGGGUGAUGUUACAAUUGAAAAUGGUGUGACGCAAUUACGGGAGGUCGGCGCAGGUACUGCGCCUGCUUCGAUGGGACAGUUCUUUUCUACUCACGCACCCCUAAUGGGUCGCCUUGACCCUGGUGCGAAAGUUCUCGAUGGAUUUGAGGGUAUUGAAGGUGCCAUUAUUGCAGCACGAGAGAAAGAUGGCAGUGUUAUCAACGCUUCAGAAGAAAUGGAUCGAUUUGUAGAGUCUGCUCUUGUUAGGGGUGCAUUUCCUAUUGUUCACGGUGUUUUCGGAGGAAAGACUGGCUUGAGAGAUAACAAAAUGCCUGGAAGUGCAGAUGGUGGAGAGAAAACACUUGGGGUUGUUGACGCUUGCCAGGCCCGAUUCUCUCUUGAUGAACUACACGGGUGGCUAGCACAAGAUUCGCUUGUUCUCUUCACCGCCAGCAAGUUCUAUCAGGCGCCUCCAUUCUGUGGCGCUGUUAUUGUACCUACUACGAUAGCUGAAAAGCUUCGAUCGUCCUCUGUACCAGCACAGUCAGACAUGUUCAACAGUCAAGGACUUGGUGGGUUCCUUACAGAUAAAGAAUUGCCCUCGUGUCUUGGAAGCUGGUCGCCAUUGCUCAAGAACGAUGAUGUCAGCAAUGUGGGGCUGGCAUUCCGAUGGGAGGCUGGAUUGGCGGGGAUGGAAGCGAUUUCUUCAGUUCCAGACUCGGUAAGAAUCGAUGCUGUCAACGAAUGGGCGAAAGCGGUGACAACAAUGACCAAUUCAGAGCAAGCAUUGGAUGCAUGGUGUGUUCAGCGUAGUAUCGUUAGCAUUCGUGUGAACAAGGGCGAUGGCUGGCUAAGCAUGAGUGAACUGAGAGAUUUAUAUCGUUGGAUGAGCAUGGAUGUUUCUGAUCUUGUCGCUGAUGCCACAGCUAAUGAGAAGGAGGCUCUCUCGAAACCAACCUACAUUGGCCAGCCGGUUGAUGUCAGUGACUCGCACGCCAUUGUGAGAAUUGCUCUUGGAGUCGAGUCGUUAUUGUCGUAUCUUGACGACAAGGAUGCGACACUAGCUGAAGAUCAGAUGGUUGUAGCGAAGCUUGCUGCCAUCGGAAAACAUUUCAACACCUUGAAAGAUUCUGGGCUAUAG